GUCACGUAUUCAUGUAUAAACCGAAGUCGUAAACCGACAAAUUCCGGGUACGUUGAAUCAGUCCACUGUUGUUUGUUGUGAUAUUUUUCAGCUUAAAAUUUCAACACGAAUUCUCUCAAUUUAUUGCUAUUAUAAUCCCAAAGGUAAAAGUAAACGUCACUGUUCAGGAGAUGACGUCACUGUUCAGGAGAUGACGUCACUGUUCAGGAGAUGACGUUAUUGUUCAGGUGAUGAAGGAGAAGACGUAUAAUGGAAAUAGAACCAUGCUUCUAUGAUCACUUGAUUGCUGUGACAGAAUGGGGGCAGACCAGAGCACACAGCAGCUACCUGCAGGGGCCCCGGGGAGCUCCCUCCGAUCGCAGAGGGACGAGGACAUCCCAUAUACAUCUUUUGCCAUCAGCAAACCCAUAGACUCUAAUUCUCCAAGACUCUCCCCACGGACUGUCCAAUCAUCCACCAUGAAAUCCCGACCCCCAAAUCCGAAAGACAGAGAACCCAAGGAGUCAGGGCCACCGAAACAUGACAUUGUUGUUGUUACUGAUGGCAACGUGAUCGAGAAAGACCCUGACCCAGAACUAACAAAGAUGAACACAAUUCCUGUAUUUUAUCCCAUCAUGCGUGGUUCACUGAACAUUCCAACCAGCUCUCGUGACCUUGACCUUUUAGAUAAAAUGGGUCACGAACAGUUGCUGUUUUUGUGUGUCAGAUACCAGGAACAUUUAAAACAAUUGGCUGAGUCAGUGGCUUUUGACCAGAAUGCAUUGUGUGUUAGAAUUAAAGAGAUUGACUGUGCAAUACAACUGUUACUCGGCGUGAUGCAGGACAAACAGAAGAAAUAUCACAAACACGCUGACCAGUUUCAGCGGAUAUCGGAGACUCUCUCCAUUCUUAAUCGGGUCAAGGACAACAUGCAGAGUCUGGUCCCCAAGAUGGAGCAUCUGAACGAGAUGUUGCCUGCAGACAGGCGACUGGAGCCGCUGAAUCUGAAGAGCCAGUUAUUAGAGAGGGAUUGUGACGAAGAACUUGGGAACCAGUAAAACUUGGAACCAGUUUAGGAAGUGUGAUUUGUCUCGCUUAACUUAUAUAUAUAAAAAAGAAAGGAAGUUUAAGUUGUCAUUUAAUCGCCAUUUUUGAAAUUGUUUGAAUCUUGAUGUUAUAUGAAAGACUUUUACAUUUUGAAUUUAUCAAAUUUAUGUGAAAUUUCUGAUUGAUGGAAAUUGAAUUUCAUGAGAUUGCGAAAAUAAUGCUAUAUUAGGUGAAUAUGUAACAUUAAACAUGAUAGAAAACCAUUUUCAGUUAGUGGAAGACUAUCCAAAUUUUUAACAGCUCAGUGGCAUAUAUAUUGAAUUUGUGAAUUAACUUGUCCAUUUUUUUAUUCUCAUUGUGGGUUGAUAUGACCACAUGACACUAAUGCAAAUCUCAAUGAUACUAUAGGACAAUGACAUCAGUGUGACAUCAUAAUACCCAACGACCAAUCGUGUUAUAGGAUAAUGACAUCAUAAUACCCAACGACCAAUCGUGUCGAUAUCACAAUGCUUUAACUACAUUCAGUGAAACAAUCCUGGUUAUUGCGUGUAACAUCCUGUUGCCUUGCAAGCACAGAAAAUUUUAGGAGAUCUAUAUAGUAUAACAUACUAUGAUAUCUGUGAAACAUGUUAUCAAUUUUAAAAAUUUGAAUAGUUUCCCUGCACUAUUCAUUAUAGUUAUUUGUUUUCAGGCGUGUAUGUAUACAUAGCAUUUUAGGAUUUAUUGAUGUGUAAAUUCUCAUUUAGCUUUGUUUUUAUCCAAUCAAAACAAUUGUAAUAAAUAACAUUGGAAUUAUACUAGGAUAUCUGUGAAACAUGUAAGUAUAGGCAUGUAAUGAUUAAGUUUUUGAUAAUUUAAAACAGAACGGGCCUAUAGAAAAAUUCUUGUAAUUAGUGAACACAAGAUUUUCAAUAAAGUAACAAGGUUUAACAUGAAAUGAGUUUAAUGCAUGAUAGAGAAGAUGUUUCUUUUCUUUUUUGAUUUUUGGGAAUGCAUGUAGGAUAUAAAUGGACACAUUUGAUUGAAGGUUUGUAAGGGGUAAGCAUUAAUUGUACAACAUACAAACAUUGAUUGUAAUCUGUAGCCUCGGCAUUCACAUGUAUUUUAAUUUUAAUUGUCAUUCAUCUGUCAUUAAAGACAGGAAUAUAAGGUUUGAAUGUAGUAGAUUGUUGUUCGAUACGGAGAAUGUAGACAUUUUGUUUUUCAUCUGAUGGGCAGAAUAGUCAUUUCUCCUGUGCUCCAGUCAUUGAAUUAGGAACUGAAGUUUGUAGACAUUGUUUACUGUAGAUGUAGUUCAUAAACAUUGUAAUUGUGUGUGUAAUUGUUAAGUGUGUCGGUAUGAAUGAAAAUAAGAAAUUUCUUUUGUGAUUCUUAAAAAUUCAAGAAAUAUGUGAGUUUUGUGUUCAGUGUUCUCUGUUGUUAACAGAGUAAAUACAUGUGCUGGUGUUAAAAGGAAAAAGCAGAUGUCAUUAUGAAUUAAUUGAGUGGUUUAACUUGUAUUGUACAUGGAUUAUAUUAAACUGAUUCUGAUUUUGUAACACUGUGUCAUUGCCCUGAUCACAACACCUGGAUUCUGGGAGAGUUGUCUUUCCCUUGUACAGUGUUGCAAGUAAAAAAUUAAAUGGAAACCAAUGUUUAGUAAAAAGUAUCUUUUAUUAAGAAA